UAUUUAACAAACAAAUUCCUGAGAAAAAAAGAUAUCAUGGUUCGAAUACUGAGAGGGGUUCUAGUGCUGUAUUUGCUGGUGGAGCGAGGGUUCAGCAAGUAUAUGGAAGGGGAGCUGAAGACAGGGGAGAACUGGGCUUUCCUAGCUAGGUUCUGCUUUCUCUCUCUAGAGGGGAAAUUCGAGUACGAUAUUGAGUAUGCAGAGGAGUACGAGGUACAAAAUCUGGAUCUGUAUUAUGAUACAGACACACAAUGGCCCCUGGUGUACGGAUCCAGUUCAAACCUAACUUCGUGUCAGGAGAAGGAAGCUGUUCUCCAGGUUGAGAAUAACCAGUUUAUAAACCUGACAACUGAGGUUGUGAAUUUCCGAACAGCACGUGAAAGAUGGUGGUUUGUGGCGAUAUCUAACUGUAGGUCAGCCAAGGGGCUCAAUCUCAGGUACAAGCUAUGGCUGACUAACGGAGAUCGAGGAGAUUUUUUCCACCAUCAUUUCUCAGCUGACGAGUUCUACAUUCUUCCAAUCCUAUUAGGCUACGGAGGUUCCAAUCUUAUUCUUCUUCUCUUCACUUUCAGGACUGCAGUUCAACUACGAAGUAGACAACUUCUUCAUGUGACAUAUAAACUCUUCUUUUCUUCAGUUCUUCUCCAGGGUUUUGGCAUCUUCCUGUUAAGUUUAUCCUACCUAUCCUACGGUAUGAACGGACAUGGACUACCCUUUAUGAAAACCAUGGGACGGAUCUUGGAGUCAACUUCAGAGAUCAUGUUCAUGCUUCUUAUUAUACUCCUUGCUAAAGGGUACACGGUCACAAGAGCUCGAUUACGACAAUGGGCGUCCAUCAAAGUAACAGUGUUCAUAUGCGCCUACAUACUUUGCUACAAGGCUGUAUUUGUAGCUGAGCAGUUGUACUUUGAUCCUGGGUCCGUUCUGUACCUGUAUGAGAGUGUUUGGGGAUAUAUUCUCGUCAUUCUUAGGAUUAUCGGGUGGAUUAUGUUCAUAUAUUCUACAUUCUUCACCAUUAAACAUUACCCAGAGAAGGGAGGAUUUUACUAUCCAUUUUUCUGUUUCUACACCCUUUGGUUUGUAUCUGGACCGAUUAUAAUUGUUCUGGGGAACAUGUAUAUUCCGAAGUGGGUGCGGGAGAAGGUAGUUUGUGGUGUAGAGCAUGGAAUAUGCCUUCUAGGACAUACUGUCUUCCUAAUCCUAACUAGACCAUCUGCUCAUAACAAGAACUUUCCAUAUCAUGUCAGAACAACGCAGGUUAAAUAA